AGAUUAAACAAAACUGUUUUAUAAUGAACAUUUUUGCGCACACGUCGGUCCAUUUGGUAUCAAAAGGUUACCCGAGUCUUAAUAUCGCAUCGGUUAAACGAAAUACAGAGAACACUGGCUAAUGUGACUAGAUCUGUUUUAUUUCCGUCAAAAAACGAAUGACAUCCUUAACGCAUUGCGUUUGGACAUUCAAAAUCUUUAAGCCGUGGGCGGGUCGAGAGGACGCCACAUCGUAUAGUUGCGGUUUGUACUCUUGUAAUGCUGCAGUUAAACAAUAUUCUUCAAAAAAUUUAUUGAAACUAAUAAUAAUAGUGAAAGCCUCAAAUGGUGUGAACAGUGAUAUUAAUUUGUAGUCAUAUUUAUAAUGCCUAUAUUAUUCAGUGUGAUAGCGUGUGAUAAACGAGUCGUUUCGAAAUUCGCAACCUGCGAUGGUAACUUCGUGGAGAUAUCCGAACGAAUGGUCUCAAAAAUACCGGUACAUGAUCACAAGAUGACGUACCUUCACGGAAAAUAUUUGAUUCACUAUGUUGUUCACAAGAAAAAUAUAUUUCUUUGUAUUACAGAAAAGACCUGUCAGAGAUCAAGGGCAUUUUUAUUCUUAAAUCAAAUCCAGAGACGAUUUACUGAAUACGUAAAAAAUUUCGAACAUAUACUGGCAGAGGAAAUGUACCGAUACAAUGAAGAUUACAGUACUAUAGUUAUAAGAAAUGGCGAACUGGAUGAAUUGAACAGGAUCAGCGUUGAAAGCAGUGAAACAAUUCUUGGCGAGAAAAUGCUUUUAGUUGAUAACAUCGAUAGUUUAUCGUACAGUACGAUUUCGUACGUGGGUAGAGCUCCAGAACAAAUAUCUAUAUCUGUACAAGAUAAAAAACGUUUCAAUUUUAUUUUCAUAGGAAUAUUUAUGAUUAUUGUGGGAUCUUCUGUUUACGUUUUCGGGCCGAUAUCUUGUGUCACGGCCACAGUAAUUAUAGUAUUUACAUUCAUUAGAUCUCUAUACGUAUCCAAAAAUAAAACUCAUUCGAAUUAAGUAGAAAUUGACGACAUUAAGAUAAUUUACUUUUGCGGUCUCAUUGAGUUGUUUUCGUUCCGAAACGUAUGCUUGAAUUUAUUUAGUAAAAUUAAAUAAAUAUUCUUCUAUAUAACAUUCAAUUAUGAACUUCGUAUGUAAUUUCGUUUUGAUUCCUUUUUACAAAUAGAUAUUUACGUCAAUAAGCGGCAGGGUGUAUUUUUAAAGUUGUUUUUGUAAAUAAAAUAUGUCAUAUGUUUUGUGUCAUGUUUCAUAAUUUCAUAUUCUGUAACGGUUACACGUUAUACAGGGUGGCCCAUAAGUCC